UGUCAAAUGACAGCAGCACGUGUAGCAUACGCAGUUACAACAAUCUCUGCCGGUGUUAUUACAGUUAUGGCACGUCUGGCUCUUUUUGAGCACGUGCCAACGUCAGCACGUGCAAUUGUGGCUAUGUCAUUCCUCUUCUCAACAUUCUUUCUUAUAUCCCACAACGAAGUAGUAAAAUGGACACCGUUAUCGGAGAUCUAUCCAAACGGUAUCAUCAUCUACCCUCUGGGUUUUACGCUUCUCGUGGCACCCUUCUCGCUUUUUAUCGACAAUUCAUCGUACUUACCAAUCAACAGCUCAGAAAUUCCUGCAUACUCAGUUCCUAAUCGUGGUUACCCGAUGGAUCAGAAACCGAGUGACGAACCGUCCGAGCACUUGUCGGUUCGAAUGAUGCAAGAUGCCUGUGCGGCUGUGGAACUCACAGCGCAGUCCAUUUCCAUGGAGAAAGGCGGCUGA